UCCAUGUACCGGGAGCCCGACGUUGGAUUCGAUCCCGGGUCUCCAGGAUUGCGCCCUGGGCCAAAGGCAGGCGCCAAACCGCUGCGCCACCCAGGGUUCCCAAAUCUAAAUUCUUUAGCAAAAACCAGAUCUGUUUCCUCUGGUUUCAUUAAGUGCUGUAUCUUACUGACUUAUCAAAAGAAACCCAUUCAUUUUCCCUUGAGUGUAUAAAUGAGGUUUUUAAAAGCACCGACUUUGGUUAUAAUUUUUAUAUAAUCUUAAUAAAGAGGUUUAUAAAAUCAUGUCAGUAGUCUUAGAAACCUCUCCAAAAGUUCUCCGUUAAAGAAAGUAAAACAGUAAUAAACUUCAGCUAACAAUAACAAGAUUCCUUUCUUGUAGGGAAUCCUACGAUUGUUGUUUUUAAGUUUUAUUUACUUAUUUUAAAAUAAUCUCUAUACCCAACAUGGGACUUGAACUCACAACCCUAAGAUCAAGAGUCACAUGCUUUUCUGAGUCAGCCAAAUACCCAUCUACAUUCUAUUCUUCAUAGAGAAUAUAUACAACCCCCUCCCUCCAGGUAUCUUUUUUUUUCUUCAUUGCAUUAUGACGUCUAAACAUAAGUGAUUUUCAAUUCCUGAUAUCUUACAUAUAUUCUUGAUAAAAUGAUCAGUUCUCUAGGGAAAAAGUAGAGCAACCAGUACACUUAAGAGAGUGAUGCUUUGUUCAUGUUUUGGCCAUAGGGUUGCUUUACGAAACAGCACGCCCUUCAGAAUAGAAGAAUUUAUCUGUCUCCUAUCUGAUGGGGUUCAGAGUGAAGAUGGCUGAGUAAAUAAGCAUGGGGAACUGGAAUUUCCUUGGAGGCAUCCUGGAGGAAGUUCACAUCCACUCCACCAUAAUUGGAAAGAUCUGGCUCACUGUCCUGUUCAUAUUUCGAAUGCUUGUUCUGGGUGUAGCAGCUGAAGAUGUCUGGAAUGAUGAGCAGUCUGGCUUCAUCUGUAAUACAGAACAACCUGGCUGCAGAAAUGUGUGCUAUGACCAGGCCUUUCCUAUCUCCCUCGUUAGAUAUUGGGUUUUGCAGGUGAUAUUUGUGUCUUCACCGUCCCUGGUCUACAUGGGCCAUGCUUUGUACCGACUGCGGGUUCUGGAGAAAGAGAGGCAGAGGAGGAAAGCUCAACUGAGAGGAGCACUGGGGGGGGUGGGGUUUGAAGUGCCUGGGGAUCGGAGAAGACUGGAGCAAGAACUCUGUCAGCUGGAACAAAGGAAACUAAAUAAAGCUCCACUCAGAGGAACCCUGCUUUGCACUUAUGUGGUACACAUUUUCACUCGCUCUAUGGUUGAGGUUGGGUUCAUGAUUGGACAGUAUCUUUUAUACGGAUUUCAUUUACAGCCUUUAUUUAAAUGCCAUGGCCACCCAUGUCCAAAUGUAAUUGACUGCUUUGUCUCAAGACCAACAGAAAAGACAAUAUUCCUAUUAUUUAUGCAAUCUAUAGCCACUGUUUCACUUUUCUUAAAUGUUCUAGAAAUUUUCCACCUCGGUUUUAAAAAGAUUAAAAGAGGGCUUUGGGGACAAUAUAAGUUGAAGGAUGAGCAUAAUGAAUUCUUUGCAAACAAGUCAAAACAAAAUCUUGCCAAAUAUCAGAGCACAUCUGCAAACUCACUGAAGGGAUUCUCUUCUGCACCUGAUUAUUAUCUGUUAAUGGAAAAGCAAAAACACCCAGCAGCGUGUCCUAGUUUAAGUUCACCUGCAUUUCAGGCAGAUCCUGACAACCACAGUGGAAAUGAUGAGAAAUGCAUUUUGGAUGAACAAGAAACCGUACUUUCUGAUGAGAUGCGUACACUUAGUGCUACGUGUAGUCAUCUUCAACACAUCAGCUCGUGUAAUAAUGAAGACACUCAUAAAAUAUUUAGAAGAGAAGUGGGUACCCCAUUAAAGGAAAAGAGAGAAAUGGCCUGCAAAGACGGCAAAAGGAACCACUGCUCUAGAGGUCAUUGUUCUAUUCCAGGUGUUGCUAUAGAACUGGAUAAUCACAUGGGGCAGUCAUCCCAAACAGCGUUCCCUCCGCCUGCUCAGGGUGCUUGGGAACAGUCGUGGCUUAGCACGACAUGGGGUCCCUCUCCAGAAGAGGAAAAUCAGGGGUCACCCCCUAAAGGAAACCUCAAGGGUCAGUGCAGAGAGGGCACGAUUAGAACCCUUCCCCCUUCGCAGGGAGACUGCCAAGCACCUGACAUUUCAGACACUCCUGAUUCUUUGGGACAGUUGACCUUCGAUUCUGAUUUGGUCAGAGGCUGCAAUAAUCCUACUGCUUGUCCUCCAAAUCAUUUAGUGUUGCUGACAAACCACCUCACUGGCAGGCGGGCUCCCACAGACCUUCAGAUCUGAGCAGCUGUGGGCUCCUAGACUUUCUGCAUAUUGUUAUCACAGAGGUAGCCUAGUGGUGGUGGAGCACAGGUAAGGGCAGCUCUAAAGACCAGCUGUUCCGACAGACCAUUGCAAACCCAUCUCAAAAAGAAAAACACACGCAUCCAUUCUGAAUGGCGAAGGGGCAGUUUUAAAUUCAAAGCCAUAGUUACCAACUCGGGGUUACUGCUUUACAGGCUCCCUUCAGAAUCCAUGAAAACUGAUUCUUGCCAAGUCACAAAUUCAGAACUGAGGCUUCACGGUUUGGAACCAGGUUUUUCCUUGAAGGAAGUUUUUCCCUGAAGGAACCUUGGGAGAUGGUUCUGGAUCUACAUCAUCCUCCCUUUUGGUUGCGAAUCUUUUGUUUCUGGACGAUGGUUAAAUUGUUUGUCAAUGGGACUUAAUUUAGUUUCCUUAUAGACUGCAACUUGCUGCCUCUUGAGUGUAAC